UACAGACGGAUGCCAUUUGGGCUAUGCAAUGCCCCAGCUACUUUUCAGAGGUGUAUGACAUCUAUAUUCUCCGACAUGCUUGAAAAGUAUAUGGAGGUGUUUAUGGAUGAUUUCUCUGUGUUUGGUUCUUCUUUUGAUAAUUGUUUAGCUAACUUGUCUCUUGUUUUGCAAAGAUGUCAGGAAACUAACCUUAUUCUCAAUUGGGAGAAAUGUCAUUUCAUGGUGCAGGAAGGAAUUGUGCUUGGUUUUUAUCGCAGGUUUAUCAGAGACUUCUCAAAAGUGGCCAAACCAUUGACUAAUUUGCUAGUCAAGGACAAGCAAUUUAAUUUUGAUAAAAACUGCAUGGUAGCUUUCGAAACGUUAAAGAGUAAGUUGAGCAGUGCGCCUGUUGUAAUCGCCCCCGAUUGGUCCUUGCCUUUCGAAAUAAUGUGUGAUGCAAGUGACCUUGCUGUGGAGGCUGUCCUAGGACAGAGAAAGGACAAAUUAUUGCAUGUGAUUUAUUAUGCUAGUCAUGUCCUUAACCCGGCCCAAAUGAAUUAUGCAACUACCGAAAAGGAGUUGUUGGCCGUGGUUUAUGCUUUUGACAAAUUUAGAUCAUAUUUGCUUGGUUCAAAAGUCAUUGUGUAUACUGAUCAUGCUGCUUUAAAGUAUUUGUUUGCUAAACAGGAAUCAAAGUCGAGACUUUUGAGAUGGAUCCUCCUCCUUCAGGAGUUUGAUUUGGAAAUCAAAGACAAAAAGGGGUGCGAGAACACGGUUGCGGACCACUUAUCUCGCAUGUCCCCAAUCAAAGAAACUGAGGAAGAACAUCCUAUUCAGGACACAUUCGCUGAUGAGCAAAUACUUGUUGUUCAGGAGAUACCAUGGUUUGCUGACUAUGCGAACUAUGUGGUAGGUGGGGUUAUACCUGAUGACUUUAAUUCUCACCAAAAGAAAAAGUUUCUUUAUGAUUUGGAGCUAUUUGAUGUUUGGGGUAUUGAUUUUAUGGGACCGUUUCCGACAUCAUCUGGUAAGAAUUACAUAUUGGUUGCGGUCGAUUAUGUGUCAAAGUGGGUAGAGGCUGUGGCAUUACCAACUAAUGAUGCUAAAGUGGUGGUGAAGUUCUUGAGGCAUAACAUUUUCUCUAGGUUUGGGGUACCACGAGCUUUAAUUAGUGACCAAGGUACGCAUUUUAUAAAUAAACUCAUGGAGAAUCUGUUGAAGAAGUAUAAUGUCAAACAUAAGAUAGCCACACCAUAUCACCCCCAGACGAGUGGGCAAGUGGAAGUAUCCAACCGUCAAAUAAAGCAGAUCUUAGAAAAGACGGUAAGUACUUCUCGGAAAGAUUGGUCCGUAAAGCUGGAUGAUGCAUUGUGGGCAUACAGGACUGCAUUUAAAACACCAAUAGGUAUGUCCCCCUAUCAACUAGUUUACGGUAAGGCUUGUCAUUUACCACUCGAACUCGAGCACAGAGCCUUCUGGGCCUCCAAAUUCCUUAACUGUGAUUUUUUCAAAGCUGGUGAGUCCCGAAUUCUUCAACUUCAUGAGUUGGAAGAAUUCAGGAAUCAAGCUUAUGAAAAUGCCAAAAUUUACAAAGAACAAACAAAAAAAUGGCAUGAUCAAAAGAUCCAGAAGAGGGAAUUUCGGGAGGGACAACUCGUACUGUUGUUUAAUUCCAGGUUGAAGCUGUUCCAAGGGAAAUUGAGGUCAAGAUGGUCUGGACCGUUCGUCAUCAACAAAUCUACAGAUCUUACAAUGUCUCAAUCACCAGAAGAGGUCAAGAUAUUCCGUACCUCCUACCAUGAAGAAAGAUAUGAUCAGAUUAAGAGCCGAAAUGUGACUGUUGCGCUGGAUUUGAUUUGGGAAUUUUAUGCAAACGCGCAACGGGUGACCUCCGAUGAAGAAGACCCAACAGGGAAUGAAUCUUUUGUUACAUGGGUAAGAGGCAAGGUGAUCAAAUAUGAUUCGAAAACUAUCAACAGUGUCUUGAAAUGUAAAUUCUAUGAUUCUGUUUGCCCGUUUGCUGAGUUGAAGCGUUCUGACAAAAACUAUUGGCCAUACAAUGAUAUGAAAGAGUCACUGAUUAGGCCAGGUCAUGAUUGGGCACCUACUUCAAAAAUCUCUCCAGCGAAGAUUAUGGUGGUUGAUCUAGCUCCGAUUCCUAAGGCAUUGGCUUAUUUCAUUCAUCACAAUUUGAGUACUAAUCGGAGCGGGUCGGAAUUGAUAUCAGAGCGUGCCCUACUUCUCCAUCAGAUCCUACAAAAGAAGCAGGUGAAUAUUGGACGAAUCAUCGCUGCUGAUAUGGAUGAGAUUGCUCAGUCGCCAAAGAAAUCCUUAGGCCAUGCGACUGUGAUUUACCUGCUGUGCAAGAAAGCUGGUGUUCCGGAUUUCUCUGAUUCACUGAUGUUGCGACCGGCUGCACCGCUGAAUGCCCAUUGGAUGAAGGAGAGGACGGUCACAGAUGAUCCGCCCCGACCUCUGAGGCGACCACGAGACAGGGAGGGCAGCACCAGUGCUCCGCGCCAGGAUGCUCAGCCGACUGCUACAGAGACACAGCCACCUCAGCCUCCUCAGAUUGAUGAGAACUCCAGAGAGUACCGGAUGCAGAUGUCAUAG